AGUGAGAGACGUAAAACCGCAAAUUAACCGGUGUUUCGACUGUACCGGGAAAUUCGGUCUGAAUUAUUUUUUGAUGUGUUGGAUCGUACGUUCAAUGGAAACUGUUUUAAGAAUGAUUUAAUAGUGCAAGAUGGAAUACAAGUGGAAUUUUAUAUCAACAAUCGCAUUUUUUGCGAUUAUACCUUUAAUUAUUACAGGGUUAGAGAUAAAUGAAGGAGAAUCAGUAACGUUAACCUGUCCCAAACCCUCGAGGAGAUUACCUAUAGUAUGGGAUGGCCCACCAAGAUUCCAGCACUAUACACGGGGCCUUACAGUUAGCCUUGACCUUACAGCAGACCAAAGGUCAAGGAUUUCAUUAAGUGGGGACCAUGCCAAUGGAUAUUAUAAUCUACGUAUAGAAAGUAUAAGGAAAUCCGACAGUGGAAAGUAUAGGUGUAAGACUGGAUCGAGAGUUAUACGUGGCAUCAAUGUUAAAGUAAAAACACAGGCUGAACAGAACCAGGGCUUAUUUCCAUACAUCCUUAAUCUUGCUACAAGAGCUCGUAUCUCAGCCAACGCCACAUGCGGGGAGAAUCAACCUGAAUAUUUCUGCAAACUUGUUGAGCACGUGGAUCUUAUGCCACAUACCAGCCAUUGUGAUUACUGUAAUGCACGAGCUGGUGUUGGCCGGUUAGACGAGACUGGUACGGCACAUCCGGUCUCUAAUGCUAUCGAUGGAAGUAAUCGAUGGUGGCAGAGUCCGUCCAUCAGCAAUGGUUGGGAAUAUAAUUAUGUCACUCUUACACUGGAUCUUGGAUUGAUCUACCAAGUAGCUUAUGUAGUAGUAAAGGCAGCGAAUGCACCAAGACCUGGUAACUGGAUUUUAGAGAAAUCUUUAGAUGGCGUUAAUUACAAGCCAUGGCAAUAUUUUGCGAUCACAGAUUAUGAUUGUCAGAGGAUUUACAAUGUUCCGGCAGUAGAAGGAAAACCCUCGUAUGACUACCUCCGGGACGAUGAAGUACGAUGCACAUCAUAUUUCUCCAAGCUCAACCCUCUCGAAAAUGGAGAGAUUUUCAUUUCUUUGACUAAUGGAAGACCAGGAAUUUUUGUUCCAAGUAAAACUUUACUUGACUUUACCUCAGCACGGUAUGUCAGGUUACGCUUUCAAAAGAUUCGAACUCUGAAUGCUGACCUGAUGAGUCUACAGUCCAGAGAUCCCCGUAACCUUGACCGCUCAGUCACUAGAAGAUAUUUCUAUUCAGUGAAGGACAUAUCUAUUGGAGGUCAGUGUAUAUGCUAUGGGCAUGCAUCAGAAUGUCAGAGACAGGGUGAUACUGAUAGACUUGCCUGUGUGUGUCAGCACAAUACAUGUGGAAGUAACUGUGAGAUUUGUUGUCCACUGUUUAAUCAGAAACCAUGGGUUCGUGGUGGUGGUAACGGUAUCAAUGGAGUCAUAAACCUCGAUGUCGAGUGUGAAGCCUGUAACUGUCACGGACACGCUGAUUCCUGUGUUUAUAAUGCUUCAGUAGCAGAACUUGGUUUGAGUAUGAACAUGAAUGGAGAGAUGAAAGGUGGUGGAGUUUGUAUUGAUUGUACUGAUUAUACCACUGGUAUUAACUGUGAGAAAUGUCUACCGGGAUACUUUAGACCAUGGGGUGUGUCGCAGAAUGCUAACAGGCCAUGUCGACAGUGUAACUGUCAAGAAUCUGUCGGAUCUACGGGUAUAUGUGUAGUGGAUGACAGUAUGGUAGAGGAGGGACUUAUGCCAGGUUCAUGUAUAUGUAAGGAAGGUUUUGCAGGACAAAACUGUGACCAGUGUGCACCUGGUUACCAUAGUUAUCCCUAUUGUGAACCAUGUUCUUGUAGCAUGGCAGGCACAGUUGACCCCAAUAUGUGUGAGGGCAGGUGCAUCUGCAAGGAGAAUGUAGAAGGUGUGAAUUGUGACAGUUGUAAGUCUGGUUUCUAUGAUCUCAGUGUGGAUAAUGAACUGGGAUGUAGGCAGUGUUUUUGUUUUGGUAUAUCAACAGUGUGCCAGAGUGCUGGGCUAGGACUGGUGCAGGGGGGGUUUGGGAGAAAACAAAAAUUUCCCCCGCAAAGAGAAAAAAACUUUGUAGAUAAUGGUGAUAGAUCAGUCAGGGAUGAAGUUAUUUAUUACUGGCAAGCACCUGUCAAAUACUAUGGCAACAGGCUGACAUCAUAUGGUGGUAAACUGCAUUAUACAAUGAUGUUUACAUUGGACGAAAGUGCACCCUGGCAGAGCCACCUGGCUGAAGCUGAUAUUAUUCUACAGGGUGGUAACAUUACUGUGACCAAUGGAAAGAACUACAUUAGAGAGAACCAGGAAAACAAGAAGAGUAUUAUAUUGGACGAGACUAAGUGGUAUAGACUAGACACAACUAAUGGGAGAAUUGUCAGUCCGGAUCAUGUGUCGAGGAAAGAUUUUAUGCUCAUGUUGUAUGACCUGAGGAGAGUUAUGAUCAGAGCUACUCACCAUACAGCCCAGGAUAAUGUCAUGUUGAAGGAUGUUUUAUUGGAUACAUCAAGUGCAGGAUCUACCAGUGAUAUCAGUAUAUCCGGUGUGGAGAAAUGUUCAUGUCCUAGAGGAUACACUGGUCUCUCAUGUGAGAGUUGUGAUAUAGGCUGGAGAAGAGUGGAUAAUGUUUUGUAUGGUGGCCAGUGUGUUCCAUGUGCUUGCUAUGGACAUUCUAAAACUUGUGAUCCUUAUACUGGAAGAUGUUUAAUGUGUACAGACAACACAGAGGGUGAACAUUGUGAUGUAUGUAGAAACGGUUACUAUGGUGAUCCUACACGUGGAACACCAGAUGACUGCAAACCUUGUGCUUGUCCCCUAAAUGAAGCCAGCAACAACUUUGCCUCAACAUGUGUACUCAACCCUAAAUUUAAUGACCCAGAUGCUUUCAUGUGUCUUGACUGUGCUACAGGGUACACUGGAGAGAGAUGUGAAAGAUGUGACCAUGGUUAUUUUGGUUACCCAGGUGUCCUAGGCAACUACUGUCAGGAGUGUAACUGUAAUGGUAACAUAGAUACUAGCAUGGUAGGAAGUUGUGAUCAGCUGACUGGAGAAUGUAGACUGUGUCUCCACAAUACAGAGGGAGCCACUUGUGGUAGAUGUAGACUGGGUUACUAUGGCACAGCCAUGAAUGGGGAUUGCAAAUUAUGUAACUGUGAUCCAUUUGGUUCGAGGAAUAUGACUUGUAAUCGUGAUACAGGCAACUGUGAGUGUAAGCCACAUUAUACCGGGCGCCAGUGUGACAGGUGUGAGGCAGGUUACGGAGAUAUAAUGAGUGGGUGUAAAGAAUGUAACUGUUCCCGGGUAGGCUCCCUAGAUUAUCGUUGCCACCCUAUCACUGGGCAGUGUGUUUGUCGCCCGGGGGUUUCGGGUCGAUCCUGUGACCGUUGCCAGGAGGGUUACUAUGGUUACUCAGUGGGUGGAUGUUAUGAUUGUAGGUGUUAUAGCAGGGGAGCAAACAACACUGAAAUUUGUGAUGUGCUUACUGGGAGAUGUAAUUGUCUCCCUUUUGUGAAGGAACCAUAUUGUGACACUUGCAAGGUUCGGGAAACAUAUACCCCGCCCUGUGAUUGUGAUCCAAUGGGUGCAUUUGACAAUAACUGUGAUCCCCUGACUGGUCAGUGUGCUUGUAGACUGGACUACAGUGGUAUUCAUUGUGACAGUUGUCUGUUUGGCUUCUAUAACUUCCCAGACUGUAAUCUAUGUCUGUGUUCUGUGGAGGGGACGGAGCCAGGUAGCUGUAACUCUCAGGGAGCAUGUAGCUGUGAGGAACCUAAUGGCCAGUGUGAUUGCAAGUCAAACACUAAAGGAAGAACAUGUACACAAUGUGCUGACAACUCAUUUUCUAUAGAUGAAUCCAACCCUGAUGGCUGUACAGAAUGUUUCUGUUUUAAUAGAGCCAGGUCUUGUGAACAAGCUCAGUAUGUCUGGACCAAGUCAACAGUACCCGAUAUGACAGUAUCAUUUAGCAGUCGAGCUAACACUUUGGUGGAUAAGCAACAAAAUGGUUUCUUUGUUAUACCAACCAAUGUGUCAUGGACUGGUUUACAAACUAAUACUCAAGGUGAUCCAGUCUACUGGAGGUUGCCUAAUGUGACAGGUGACAGGACAUUAUCUUACAAUGGGUAUUUAACAUUUACCGUGGAGCAUGGCUCUAUUGGGACUGAUCUGCUAGAUUUAGAAGGCCUGCGUACCAAACCACUUGUUGUUCUGUCUGGAUAUGGUAUUCCUCUCAUGUAUAAAUCAGAUUUGAUAUGGCGGGCAGAUGAGAAUCUGAAGUUCAAGAUCCGACUGCAUGAACAUUAUUGGAGGACACAAAGUAAUGGGGAUGUGAGCCGCAGUAAGAUGAUGGUGAUACUACAAAAUGUCACUGAAGUUUUAGUCCGAGCCACAUGGGAUAAUACAGCUAUUAGUGCAAAGAUAAGAGACAUUGAGUAUGAUGUAGCAGUGGACAAUGCCUUACUUCUUGGACCACCUGCUUUAGGAAUAGAACAAUGUCAAUGUUCUCCAGAAUAUAGUGGUCUGUCCUGUCAGGACCCUGCAGAUGGCUACUAUAGAGUACCAAAUGUUGGCCCAAUAGAUUUUACAGAUCUUGUUGACAUAAUUGGUGUAGUUAAACCUUGUGAAUGUAAUAGCCAUGGAGACAGCUGUGAUCCUGAGACAGGAGUCUGUUAUAAUUGUCAACACAACACUAAAGGUGACAAAUGUGAACAUUGUGCAGAAGGUUACUAUGGUGAUCCGACUACUGGUUCCCCGACUGCAUGUCAAAGAUGUGCUUGCCCUCUUGAGAUCAUAUCCAACAAUUUCAGCCCAACAUGUGAGAGAAUAGAUAAUGAUUUGAUCUGUACAGCAUGUGAACCGGGCUAUACCGGGGACAGAUGUGAAUUUUGUGAUGAAGGUUAUUAUGGUGAACCAUCGACCCCUGGUGGUUCAUGUAAGCCAUGUAACUGUAACCCAGAGGGCUCUGUACUGACUCAGUGUGACUACACGGGGAAAUGUCAGUGCCUGCCUGGCAUCAAGGGAGACAAAUGUGAUCAAUGUCAGCCAAGAUACGCUGUCGUUAAAGGAUCUUGUAUUUCAUGUGAUGAAGGUUGUACCAGAGAGCUGAUGUCUGACAUGGAUGACCUUGACAAUAUGAUUUCAACUUUGCCCUUUGACCCCUCAAAUGUUAACAUUUCUGCUCCAUACAGGAAAUUAAAUUUAAUUCGCAAUGAAACAAGAAUCCUCUCAGAUAAAUUACGUCAUUUACGUUAUGCGGAGGUAAACAAUAUACGUGACCAGAUUGAUGAUUUGGAAAUACUGGUUGACAAUACUGAGAGAAGAUCUGAGGAAACAUUGAAAAAUAGCAAAAAGAAUAAAAGAGAAGGCAGAAAAUUGUUACAGAAAGGCAAUGAGAUGGAGGACACAAUUGACUUGCUAAGACAAAAUGUUGAAGAUCUUGUUGAUGACUUGGAGGAGACUGUUGCCAACUCUUUCCACAACCGUAGUGGUAUAAAUGUCACCUCUGCACUUGCUGAAGCCAGAAAAAUACUGAGAGAGAUGAAACAAAGAGACUUUACAGAUGAGAAAAACAGAGCACGAGAGGAGCAUGAUUUGGCAGAGAAGUUGUCUGACAGAGUGCAUGCAUUAGAAAUGAGAUUGACAAAUACAAGUGAAGUUGAGGCUAAAAUUGAUAAUUUGAUGAAUUCACUGGAUGAUUUACUAGACUAUAUACAAACAAGUGUUAAGAACUCAGAAGACACAAUCCAGAAACUACCUGCUUUAAGAGAGGCAAUAAAGAACAUUAAGGAUCAAGUGAAGGAGUCAAAGGAGCUGAGCAAAGAUUUAGGUGUAGGUGACGCUGAUAAACUUCUUGCAGAUGCUAAAGUGGCUUUAAAUAGAACCAAUGAAAAUAUUGCUACAUUAGAGGAGAGAGCAAGUACUCUAGAAGCUGCCAUUGACCCACUGGAGAAGAAGGAGAAUGCCUUGAGAGAGAAUAUACCUGGUAAAGAUAAGCUGGUAGAACAAGCCUGGGCUCAUGCUAAUAACCUCUCAAAAUAUGCUCAAGAUCUGGAAAAAAUGUUUGAAAGUACACGGAAUGCUGCAGCAGAGCCUUUGAAGGCAGCAAGAGUGUUUGACAACAUAGCAAGGGCAAUAGAAGAGGCUGCUGUAGCUGCUAGAAAAGCUUUAGCAGAUGCUGAAAAUGCUACUGGAAUGACUGACUUUGAAGAUUUGAAAAAGUCGGUGAAGGCCUCACUGAGAAUAAGCAAAGAACUGUUGGAUCAAGCUAACAAGACUAUGAACAUUGGUGUUAAAGAUCUGGAUGAAGCUUUCAAUGAUGUGAACAGAAGACUGGAUUAUGUUGAUGAGAUAUCGUUAGACAGUAUAGACAGACACACAGACAUAAAGAAUGAUAUAGAUCAACUACCCAGAAAUGUUGUUGAUCGUAUAGCUGAAGUGAAGAAUUCUCUAGAUGAUACAAAUAAAGUUUCUAAGCGAGUCAAUGAUCGUACCAGAGACAUUGUUGAUAAAGUAAACAAUGAAAUGAUGCCAAAAUUAAACGAGCUUCAGAAUAUUGUUGGAGACAAGUUUGAGGAUAUAUAUGUGUCCUUAUCCGGUACAAAAGAAGAUCUAACCACCAUGAGGAAUGUGACAGACUCUAUAGAUUCAAGGAUAGAACAGUCAAGGAAACUGAGGUCAGACUUGAGGGAUAAACUCAGUAAACUGAAACAGAGCAUUAGAGAGGCCAGGGAAGAGGCUAAUAAGGUUAAAACAUCUCUGAAAGCUAAGGGACAGUGUGUGAAGAAAUUCCGGCCUAUGGUGAAUCCAGGAACAAUAAACUCUAUAAGCUUUGCCUUCAAGACGGAUGAGCCUGAUUUAGACAUGAUGAUUGUCCUUAUACAGAACCCAGAGAUCAACACUGUUGAUGAUGAUCAAUAUAAGGAGUUCUUGGCUGUUGAAUUACGCAAUCGUAAGAUUCGGUUUAGUUGGAAUGCUGGUGGUGGUACGGGAAGUGUAGAUAGUGAUGUCAUUAUUGAAUCACAAACUGAUAUCAUUAAAGAAACCGAAAAAUGGUACCAAGUCAAAGCUGAAAGGACUGGUCGUUUGGGACGUCUAUCAGUGCAUAAGUUAUCAAAGGAAGCUGGCUCUCCAAAAACAUCAUCAUCUCCUGUUGGGUCAUCAGUGAUGGGCCUUGGUGAAAAAACUGAUGUAUUUAUAUCUGGUAUACCGGAAAAUUAUCCCUUACCAAGUGGACUUACUUCAUAUAACUUCACUGGCUGUUUAGGGAGUGUAUUUAUUGAUGACAAGCUUGUUGGCUUAUACAACUUUGAGACAAAUAUCCAGGACACUUGUAAAGCCUGUCUUGAAGUACCAUCUCAGGCACCAGGGGCGAAUGUAUAUUCGUUUGAUGGUACAGGUUAUGCUGUCACAGACAAGAACAGGAUACAGUCUCCUCUCCUAGCUAACAUCAUCCUCGAAAUCAAAACAUACUGGGACAAUGCUUCACUCUUCUUUGUUGGAAAUGAAGAAUCAGGAGAGUACAUGUCACUAGAACUACGUAAUGGAAAAAUUGUGUUUAAUUUCUACCUUGGUGAAGGAACUUACGGAACAAUGCAGACAGAGCAAAGAUACAAUACUAAAAAAUGGGUGUCUGUUGCUGUUGCCAGGAGUGGACUUCUCGCUGUCCUUGAGGUUGCCAGUGAAAACUUCGUUAUUGAGGCACCGAGUGGAGACUACCUUCUUGAUGGAGUAGAGAGAAGUGACCUGUUUUUUGGAGGGAUGCCACCUUCAGUCAAUAUGGACAAAUACAUGGAGGCCUCAGGGAAGGAGAUAAUUACAGACAGGUUUCUGGGUUGUAUGAGCGGAUUACAAAUUGCUGUAGAUUCUGUGAAUCUCUGGGAUGGCAAGUCAACUGUUGGUGUUACAGAAGGCUGCAAGGAUAGAGGGUUUAGGUCAAUAGGGUUUUAUGGAUCUGGGUUUGCGGAGUACCCUGGUAUGAGCCUGGACUCGGCUGAUGGAGACCUGUCUGUAUCAUUUAAAACACAGCAACCAGAUGCUUUACUCUUGUUAGCUAAGAGCAUAAAUGGUGAUCAAUAUUACUACCUAACAAUAACUGAAGGUCACGUUGAGGGCAGGUUCAGUGGAGGAGGUACACCAGUUAUUGUCAAGUCAGACAAUACCUACAAUGAUGGCAAGUUGCAUAACAUUGCUGUGAAGAAAACAGACAGAAAGAUUGAACUAUUUGUUGAUGAUAAAUCAAUAGGAAGGGGUCGUCUAGGAAACCGUUUUGAUAAGAUUACAGUAAGAGAAGAUGGUGGAUUAUAUCUUGGUGGACUGCCGACAAAUUUUGAUACAAAUGUAGGAGAUAAAGCAGCAGUUUCACAGACAUUGGAUGGUUGUAUCAGUGAUGUUGUCAUUAAUGGAAAUGUGUUGAACAUCAAUGAUCCCAAGCAGUAUGAUAUGGCAGAUAUAGGUCGAUGUAGAGAGAAGACAAAAUAUGAUGAUAGUUUUAAUACAAAUCCUCCACCUGUCAUCAGUGAUUCACCUGCCCCCUCUGAAAUAAGACAACCAGAUAAAGAAGUUGAGGUUAUUGCUGUGAAGACAACUAAAGAACGAACACAAGUAACAACAGUGAAGACGGUAUCAGAUGACACCACAACAAUACCUACAACUUCUGGCCCAACAUCAUGUGCUGCUAAUACAGGAAUCUAUGUUUCUGAGCUAGAAGCAUUUGCGUUCGGAGAUGAAGAUACAAGUCUUAUUCAAAUAAAUGUGUCCAAGAAGAAAAUCCAGAGGAAGUUUGAAAUCAGUUUUGACUUCCGCACCUUUUACAAAGAUGGACUGUUGUUGUACAUGUCUAAUUGGGACCACACUGCUUUCUUAGCCACUCAGCUAAGAGAUGGUGCAAUUAUUCUAUCAUUUGACAAAAAAGGAUCAACUAAAGAAGUAGUAGUUAAAACAAAGGACAGUUUAUAUGAUGGUAAUUGGCAUACAGUCAGGGUGAGCAAAGCUAAACAACGUAUUACAGUGACAGUAGAUGGUAACAGUGAGAAAGGUGCUAAAAUUUCCAAAGUUUUGAAGGUUGACAUACCCUUACUUGUUGGUGGUGUGCCAAAAGAAUAUUACCCGCUCAUGAAUAAGGAUAUUGUUAAACAUAGUAUUCGUGGAUGCAUAAGGAAUCUUUUAGUUAACAGUGAUGUUAAAACAUUUGAUGAUGCGACAUUGGUCAGUGGUGUGGACAAGUGCUUUACUAAUGUAGAAAAAGGUGCCCACUUUACAGGGGAUUCAUAUGGACUGUAUGAAAAGAAAUUUGAAGUAGGAGGUCAGUUUAAAAUGGAGUUGGAAUUCCGUACAUCAAAACCUGAAGGUAUCCUAGCAACAGUGAGUAAUCCAGGUGGAGGGAAUGCUCUGACUUUACAGUUACAUCAGGGACAGGUGAAAUUGAAUGUUGUAAACAGUGGUGGUAAAGUUAUGGCUGCCACAUCCUUCAGUACUGCCUUCAGUCUAUGUGACAAUAAAUGGCACAAGGUUGUAGCAACACUAGUGAGAAAUAAUGUCACAGUAGAAGUAGACGACAAGGCUUCAUUUACAAAUUCGGGUAAUAAAAAUGUAGCAGAAACAGGCACAUCAGCCCCAUUGUAUCUGGGAGGAAAGCCAGAAUCAUCCAAUCAGGUGGCAGCGUUGACGUAUCAAGGAUUCGAGGGUUGUUUGAGAAAUGUUUUCGUACAGAACAAGCAGGUGGACUGGUUUAUGUUAUCAAAAUCAGUUGCCAUCCGUAAAACUUCAUGUCCAAUCUCAUAGAAACACAAAUGUAGUUCAAAAUGAUUGAAAUAUGUUCACAUUAUUUCACUUGGCAACUAUUUGUGUUUUUCAGUAUGUGAUUUGCUUGUAAUUUACAGACUAAUUAUAAAGGUGCUUAUUUUGAUUGAUUUAAGUGAAGAGUGAGAAGAUUUCAAAGCAAUUUCUUGAAAUUGUGCCAACGUUUCCUUGACAACAUGAUACAUUGAAUGAAUUAAGCACCAAUGAAAUUUCUGCUGGCAUAUUUAAAGGUGUUUUGUUUCUCCUAGUGCCAAAUUAUUCUGUCGUUUUUAAGAUCUUAUGUCGUUUUUGUUGACAUUUUUUUAUUUUUCAUAUCAUUUUUAAAACUCACCCACAAAACUUAAAUGACAAUCUUUAUAAAUAUUAUGUAAUGAAUUGCUACAGGAAGUGGUUUUCAAGUGUUCUAUGUGGAAAACUUCUUGUCAAAAUAUUUGGGGGAAAAAUCACAAGCCAAAGAAAAUUUUUGGCUGAUGCUUAGAAUAGAAUAAUGAUGUGAAGAAAUCCAGAAAGCAAAGUCAAUACAAAAACUUGGCUUUAUUGAAAAUUAUACAAUUAUGAAUGAAAUGUAUGUGUGAUUGUCAAAUCAUAAUGUAGCAGAGUUUUAUACAAGAAUGACAGUGGUACAUGUAUGUACUAAUUUAAAGCCAGUAAUGGGAAAUGUUUGCAGUUUUUAUCUGUGUGAAGAUAUUCAACAGUUUUCUGAUUUUUGAAUGAUUUGUGAAAUAGCAACUUACAGCUUUCAUUUGUUUUACUGGUCAUAUUUUCAUAUAUUUUACGAAAUUGUUUUUGGAAUGCAGUUAAUUUUCUUAAACUAAUCUAAUGUUUACGAGAUUUUGAUCUUUUUAUAUUGUUUCACAAGAUUAAAGAUUGCAUUUCAGACUGGAAAGGGAAAUGCAUGAACAAAGGCAUUUUCAAUACGGGUUUUUAUUUUAAUCAUUUUUAUCAGCUCAUGUAUGUGCAAUCAGUCGCUAGGGUUACAAAACCUUGACCUUGUAAACCAGUCUCAAUCUCAACAAUCUCAUGGAUUCAUUCAGAAACUGUGGUUGAAAAAUAUAAACCAAUUGCAAAGCUGCAGCAGUUGGUUGGUCGAUUACAAAAAACAGAUUUACAAAAUAGACCAAUCAGAAUGUUUCAUCAGGACACACACCUACUAAUUUUGUAACCUUGGUAUGGAGCAUCAACUUUAUUAUGUAAUCAUAUUUGCUAUGUAACUUGAAGCUGCAUUUUAACAUAUAUAUACACAAAUGUAUUAUUUUAAAUGAUAUUCAUGAAUGUACCAUUUUAAAUAUUAUACCUGAACAUUUUAAAUAAAGUUUUUCUCUUGUUACUGCUUUCCCUCAUUUUGUAACUUUAGCAGAUGUAUAUAUUUUUUAUGCUUGUUUUAUCAGUUACAUAAAACACUUCAGUACUGUUUUUCUUUUUUUAUAUUGAAGUUAAAUUUAUGUUUGUAAAAUUUGUGAAAGUAAUUUAUAAAACAAAGUUUACCUUGUCAUAUUCAUAUAAGUAAUAAUCAUGUACUGAAAGUAUAAAAAUGGGCAAGAAAAUUAUGGCUCUAAUGUUUUUAAAGGUUUUAAGACUUUAUUCCUUGAAGGAAACAAUUUAUCUCAUAGUUGUAUUGAGAUUUUAAUCACACUUUUAUAUUAAUCUCUUACUUUAGGAAAAACUUUUUAUACAGUUUUUAUUUAUUCUAUUAUUUCUUACUCUUGUAAGACAUAUUCUGUUAUGUUUUAUAUCAAUGUAAUAUAACUAUAUCAACUUAUAUGUUGAACUAUUGCUUGUUAAGAAUAUUUUGAACUUCUUCAUUUUUAUAUAACAAGUUAAAAAACAUACUGUGACCCGCAUAUGCCCCAUAAAUAUGCCAAAAGUACAAUUUCUACUUCAGUAGAUGAAUCAAUGCCUCAAUAAUUCUUAUAUGCAUCAUCAAUAAAUUAAAUGAAGACAUUUUUUGUCAUAGCAUAUGUAACAGACAAUGCUUUCCUUAAUAGCAAAUUAUUAAAAUAAAAAGAGACUGGUAUAUAUUUUUAACCAGGUUUUCCGAAGGAAAAAACUGGUUAUUAGAUUGAGGUAUGUCGGCGGGCGGGCGGGCGGGCGGAUGGGCGGACGGGCGGGCGUAAACAAUUUCUUCUGUGCGCAACUCCUCCUACAUUUCUCAACGGAUUUUGACCAAACUUUCACAGAAGCUUUGUCAUCAAGUGCCCUGGCGCAUAUUGUCGGGGUUUUGCGAUUAGAUAAUAUUUGACCUAAUUAUGGCCCUUUGUUUUUUUUCCUUAUAUAAAAUAUAUAGUGAACAAUUUCUUCUGUGCGCAACUCCUCCUACAUUUCUCAACGGAUUUUGACCAAACUUUCUCAGAAGCUUUGUCAUCAAGUGCCCUGUCACAUAUUGCCAGGGUUUUGCAAUUGGUAUAUAUUUGACCUAAUUAUGGCCCUUUGUUUAUUUUCCUUAUAUAGAAUAUAUAGUGAACAAUUUCUUCUGUGCGCAACUCCUCCUACAUUUCUCAACGGAUUUUGACCAAACUUUCUCAGAAGCUUUGUUAUCAAGUGCCUGGCACAUAUUGUCGGGGUUUUGUGAUUGGAUAAUAUUUGACCGAAUAAUGGCCCUUUGUAUAUUUUUUCCUUAUACAGAAUAUAUAGAGAAUAAUUUCUUCUGUGCUCAACUCCUCCUACAUUUCUCAACGGAUUUUGACCAAACUUUCUUAGAAGCUUUGUUAUCAAGUGCCUGGCACAUAUUGUCGGGGUUUUGUGAUUGGAUAAUAUUUGACCGAAUUAUGGCCCUUUGUAUAUUUUUUCCUUAUACAGAAUAUAUAGUGAACUAUUUCUACAGUGCGCAACUUCUCCUACAUUUCUCAAUGGAUUUUGACCAAACUUUCACAGAAGCUUUGUCAUCAAGUGCCCUGGCGCUCACUAAAUUCCCAUGUUUCUUCCAAGACAUCAUUCAAGUAUUUUUUUAAAAUUGUGACCAUACUUUUCUUGAUAUCGCACAAAACACCACACGCCAAUAUUGUUGACAAAAGAAAAUGACAAGAGACGCAAAAAUGCAAAAAUAAAGUACUGUUUACCUUUCUAAAACAUUUGGGAAAAAAAGGCGAAUAGACAACAUGAAAUUUCUCAAUCAUUUUUGUUUGAGGAAUAUUAAAAAAGCCAUAAUUCCUCCUAAAAGUUCAAUAAAAAACAAAUGCCCCUUCAUGACAAAGCUUCUGUGAAAUAUUUUGCUGAAAACCUGGUUGCAUCGCAUUGCGAUGUUCCUUGUAUAAAUAUAGCUUUAAUUAAUGGAUAAUUAUGAUGUAAGUUCAAAAUAAUCUUAGCAAGAUGUAGAUUGUGCCAGUAAAUUGUAUAGUAGACAUUGAUAAAUAAGAUAUUAUCAUUAUUGAUUCAUUUUAAUUAUGUAAAAUGUCAUAGUUCAUUGACGCUUUUAAAUCAGAGAAAUUUUUACUGCUUAUAAAUCAUGAAAAUAUAAAAUGAAAAUUAAUAAUAAAUCUGGUUACGCAUUUUUGUUUUUUAUUGUUGAAUUUUAUAUCAGUUUCAUUGUGAUAAGUUAUGACUAGUGAUCAAUACGACCGUGGUGGUAUUGUUGAACAGCUUGAAGUUUUAUAGAUUUUCUUAUCAACCCUUUCAUGAUCACCAGACAUAGUACAAACAGAUUAUUUUCAAGAAAUUUGUGUAUUUCAUAGAUUUAUUAUUGUAUACAUGAUGACAGCUAUGUUGUAAUUUAUCUGUAUAAUGGUUUAACAGGAUGUUGUCCGCCAUCUCUCAAUAUUGUACUAUAAAAUCUUGUAAAUUUACUGUAAUUUUUGUACAUUUAUAUUUAUAUGUAGUUAGGUAGAGAAUAACAAAUUGAUGUGUGCCAAGAAAAAAGAGACCCUAAGAAAUCAUAACUAAGUAAGUUCAAGUUUUAGGUAAUUUGUGUAUUAUUAAGUUACGUGCAUGUUGUUGCAACACCUGGAACAUUGAUUAAACAUUUUUGUGUAAAUAAAAACUCGAUUUAUAUAGAGGUCACCAUUCAGUCGAGGUAUUUAAUAUAAAUUCAUUUGUACUAAAUGAAAUAUUUUGACAGAAAAACAAAUUAUUGAAUAUUAUUAUGAUGAAAGACCAUCUCUUAUUUUGUAGUGAAUAAAAAGAAGUCAUUAAAAGUUGAUAUAUGUGUAAAA